AUGCUUUUUCGUUGCCACAACAAUAACCGCACAUCCGACCGUUCGACGAGCAUUACGUGCAUCAUUAAAACAACAACACAAUAUGUAGGAGGAGAAACAAGAAAUCAUCACCAUGGUGCCAUUAAUUUUUCUCCAUCAUCAAACAAAUUAAUUUUCAGUGAUGAUGAUGAUUUAAUGUAUAGGAUGAAAAAAGUGAUGCCAAACAACAACCAACAAUUGUUCAAUACAAGAACAUUUGACCAAAUACGUUCGUACACUACUACUGCGAAUUGUUUGAAGAGAAAAGAAGUAUCAACAAAAGCCAAAGGUAGUGGUAAUGAUACCUCCAACAAUAGUACAACAUUAUCUUCAACAACAACCUCCGCCGAACAACAGGAAACUCUCAAGUUCAAUGAUUACGACAGUUGGAACGCCCAACAAGUGGCAUUCAUGUUGACUUCUCCUAAAUCUAUUGGUGGUGCUGGGUUAUCUGCAGAAAAGGUGAAGCCUUUGCAAGAGUUUGGCUUUGAUGGCGAAUCUCUCCACAACAUUAUUGAGAAUAUCAAUAUGGAGGGCAUAAAGUAUGCCAUUGAUCAACUGAAAAGUAUUUACAACAAGAAUGACAUUCCUCAAAUCUCUGAAACUUGUCAAUCUGUUGUAUUUUGGGUGCACAAAUCUCUGCGGAAAUUCACUACUGUUCCCUCUACUUUUAUCCAAUCAGUUUUGGAUGAUUUUGAUAAACAUGUACAAACCUAUUCAAGAAACGAAAAAGAGUCUGUAUUCAAGUUCAAUGAGAAAAUGAAACAAGUUCAACUCGACAAAUCUGAUUCUCCAAUCUAUUUGUACCAGAAGAAAGAGGACACAAAUAACAAUAAUGAAAUAACUCUAUCCUCUUGGGCCAUAUCUUGCGAUUUAGGUCCUACAUUUCCUGCAAACAAAUAUGAUGAACAUUUUAAAUUUAUCACCUCGGAUGGUAUAGUUCAUCCAGUGUUGGCAUUAAUAGAAGCACCUGGAACUGGAAAAACUUACUUUGCAUAUCAUUUAGUUUCUAAAGGAUAUACUGUGUUAAUUAUACAAUCAAAGCACAAAAAUAUCAUAUCGAAUUCAUUGGAAAUGAUAUUUAACAUUUCACGAAACAGUUCUAAUUUGAGAGGGUUAUUAGAUAGCGAAACAAAACGGUUCAUUAAGUCAUACUUGAUUGUGGCAGAUAUUAUUAUUAAUGCUAGAUUGGAUCCUAAAGAUACUAAAAAGACCAAUCUAUAUUUAUGUAAAUACAUCUUGAAUGGAGGUUUUAAAAUGGUACAAGAAGCUUAUAACAAUAAUUAUGAACAGCAUGGUUUUUCUCCACAACUAGAAAAAGUUAUGUUUUUCAUUGACGAAGCUCAUGAUUUUAACGAUUUUGAUGGCCAAAUUCCUCGAACAACAAAAAACACUGACAACGGAAACCUAUUAACUCUCCUCACUUCAAAUAUGAGAGAUUACGGGGGUGUAGUAUUAACAACAACCUUUGCAAGUGCUGUAGAAGGCAAAAUUGAAAAGAAAAUAUCUAAAGAAGGUAACUCUAAACAAGUCUUUGAAAAGUUUUCCUACCACUUUACAAACCCACUUCCAAUAUUGCACGCGAAACAAGUAACAAAUUUUUUGGACAUGUUUAUAGACACCAGUAGAAAAGGUCACAAUAAUCCAGAUAUUUGGAAGCUUGUUGCAACAUUUUUACAAGGUCCAACCAGACGAUGUGAAGAAUUACUUCAACAAUUAUAUCUAGAGUUGUGCAAGGACUCAACACCUCAAUUUAAAUCUUUUACAGAGUUUAUAUAUACAAAUCUUUGCACUCUCGUUUUUGACAGAAAGGGUUACGGAACAGAAAAAAUUGACAAUCCCUUAUACAAGAGUUUGUUUUACCGAUUAGCCUUGCUUGGAGAGGCAAAUUUAACAGAAGCUUUGCAUAUUGUCUCAACACAAACAAGUAUAUCGAAAGAGAUCGAAGAUGCUUCCAAGUUCUUGUUAACACAUGGGUUAAGUUACACUUUUGAUUAUACUAACAAAAUAUAUAAGGUUGUCAGUCCAAUAGAAAGGAUGAGAUUAUUGAAGACUCUUCAAAAAGAUGAGUCUAAGGGUGAUUGGUUUUUAAAUUCUCACAAGCAAUUAAGUAAUAUUGGUGAUAUUUCACCUCUCUCUGAAGUUGCUUCUGUAUAUUUUAUUUUGAACCAUUUUGAAUUCUUUAAACAACAAUUCCCAGGGACAUAUUUGCAAAACUAUUAUUUAGCUGCCAAGUAUUAUGUUGAAGAUUCAGAAGUCUCCAAAGAUUCAUUGAAUAAUGACUUCAAAAUUUCAUCUCUUCUCAUUAACACCAUACACUGCAAUAUGAAAGGAUUUCAAACAGAGAAAUAUCCUUUAACUGGAAAUGAUGACGAUCUUUUACCUCGAUUUUUAGUCCGUCCAUGCCACAAUGCAGGACCUGAUGUAUUGGGAAUGUUAAAACGUUCUUCAAAAGUUAACGAUGAUACAAUUCCUUUAUGCAUUCCAAUUGUUGCAGCAGUAACAAGGAAAACAGGAGACAAUUUAAAAUUCAAGAAAAACUAUGCUACAACUGAUCUUUCCAAUUUGUAUUAUGAAAAUUUGGAAACGAAUAAGUCUCCACCAACGAAUGACCUUACACUGAAGGAAAGAAAUUCCUUGAACACAGCUAUUACUGACAUUGUGAAAGCAGGAAAAAUGUUGAGAAUAUUAUUUCAUCCAAAUGAAACCUUCAGCAACACUCCUCUCAGUGAUAGGAUUCAACAAUACGAUCAUGAUGAUGCACCGCAAAUAAUUUUCUCUGAUCAUGCAGUCCUGACCAAGAAGGGACAUUGUAUUUAUGAAAUUUCGAAAAAUAAUUCAGUAUGGCAAAAUUAUCUCAACAACAAGAACUUGUCUGCUGUGGCUGAUGUAUUCCAACAAUGA